CUCGAAUCGGCAACCCCAUAAGCAGCGCUCGCUAUCGGUCCCACGGCCAGCUGAGCGCCCGCUCUAAAUAAACGUCAUGGCCAUCUGACGAUGCGAUACGAAUAUAUAAACAAGCAUCAAGCAAACUUCCGCGGCAAAGAAUCAUCCCUUGCCUUGCCUUGCCCCAUCGUCGCAUUCGCAGGAAUACAGCAGUCGCUCACAUGGCCGACGAAAAGCACCCACCGCCGCGCGAUGAGGGGGUCCUCCCCGGAAAGGCGGCCGAGGCCCGCGCCGGGACGGCGAGCUCCAGCGCCGCAGACCCGGCCCCGGCGUACGAGGAAGUUGCGCCGCCCGUCACCGCGCGUGCCUCGUCCGGCAGCGGCGUACCGACUGUCGCCAACCCCUUCAGCUUCCCCUCCGACGCGGAUCUGCCGCCCUAUGAGGCCCCGCCCAGUUCCGGUUACGGCGGCGGUUCCUCGUCCUCCUCCUCCUCCGCCGCCACCACCUCGGACGGCCGCCCUAUCGCCCUCCCCCAGGCCGUACCAGACCCAGCAUCACCCUUCGUUGGCGCCUACGCGCCCGUCCUCCUCUCCCACGGCGUCACCGAGGGCACGUGGCGCUCCUUUCUCGAAACCAUGUCGGCCUUCCUCACGGCAAAGGUGUCGGACCGCGCCAUCAGCCACGCCGGCGACAUGGCCAAGCACAUGAGCGAGGCGCCCAAGAGCUUCGGCAGGGAUGUCGCCAACCACGUCCGCUCCGUGGGCAAGGAUAUCGCCGGCCACGCCAAGCGCGGCAACAUCCUCGGCGCUGCGUUCGGCGCCAUCGGCGGCAUCGUCUCCAUCCCCGUGGCCACGGCCCUGGGCGCGGCGGGCACCGUCCUGCAGAUGCCGGGCUCGGCCCUCGGCGCCAUCUCCAGGCGUCCCCAAACGCCCUUUGAGCGCGCCACGGCCUACGCCAUGGUCGCCAACAAGAAGUGGCUGCACGCGCGGGGGCUGCAGGCUCAGCUCGUCGAGACCACUGGCCUUGCGCAGCAUCUAAACGUUUCACUGGACGCCCUCCUCGGCAUGGCCAGAGCCGCCAAGAGGGACGACGCGGCGAGUCAGCUCAGGGCUUUGGAGGGACACAUUGCGACCUUGGACGUCAGGGGUGAUGCAGCGUUGAGCCUCGCGCCGAAUACAUUAUGGCUGGUCUUGCUUCCCGUGGUCAAGGAAGCUACCUAGGUCGUCUAGUCAGCACAGGGAUUUACAGAUAAACGGAAAGACAUAAAAACAAAGAUACCACGC